GGUGAGAAUGAAAGCCCAAAAUGAUCCCAGCAGCAACGAACACCACUCCACUUACCUUCGUUUGUUGAUGUUGGCCGGCGGCCAUCACCAUUCAGCACCGCUCCCCACAUGUCUGUCCGACUCGCCCUGAGGUCAUUCACUCGUCACUGUCAUUUCUCCGCCGAACAUUCCAAAUGGCUUACACUUCCACCUGUGAAUACCACCACCGUCAACACUUCCUCCAACCAACUCUCUUCCUCCACUUCCACCACUGCCCUCAAAUGGGUUACUCGUUGCUGCCCCCAACUACCCAAAACCCUAAUCCACAAACUCUUUCGUCUUAAACAAGUUCGAAUGCUUCCACCACAAGAACAAGAUCAUAAAUUCAAAAAGGUAACUCCUAAAGACACCUUAAACGCCGGAGAUCGUAUAUUUCUUCCACAUUCUGUCAAACAACAAACGCCUGCACCACCCAAACGUCUCGACUCUCCCCUCACUCCAACUCUCACCGCCAAACAAAUCGAUUUCAUCAGUGCUCUUGUUAUCUACAAGGAUCCUGAGAUUCUUGUCCUCAACAAACCUCCCGGAAUGCCAGUACAGGGUGGCAUUAAUAUCAAAUGGAGCUUAGAUGCUGUAGCUGCAUCAUGUUUAAAGUAUGAAUGCCCUGAAUCCCCUCGUCUCGUGCAUAGACUAGACAGAGACUGUUCUGGAAUUCUUGUCAUGGGAAGAACAAAGACGAGUACUACGGUUCUGCAUUCCAUCUUCCGCGACAAAACUUCCCGGGCUUCAGAUGAUAAUGGCACGGAAAAGAGAAUCCUACAAAGAAAGUAUUGGGCACUGGUGCUCGGAUGUCCUAGACGUUCAGGGGGUUUGGUUACUGCUCCACUGGGUAAGGUGGUGGUUGACAACGGAAAAUCUGAUCGAAUAACUAUCGUUGACAAUUCUACAUCACUGUCACCCCAACAUGCAAUUACAGAGUACCGGGUGAUUGCAUCAUCAUCUCAUGGUUAUACGUGGUUGGAGCUUUCCCCCUUAACCGGUAGAAAACACCAGCUCCGAGUCCACUGUGCCGAGGUGUUAGGUACACCAAUAGUUGGGGACUACAAGUAUGGAUGGCAAGCUCAUAAGAAGUGGGGACAGUUUGAUUUGUCUAAUCCGGAGGACUCAACUGAAGAGCUUCUGAAGGAAGAGGCACUACCGUUUGGCCUUAACUUGAACAAGGGGAGCAUCUCUGACAAGCGUCCUCAUUUACAUCUUCAUUGCAAGCAAAUAGUGUUGCCUGAUAUAUCUCAAGCACUGCAAAAUGUGCAAUCACUAUCAGCUUUAAGUUAUGACCUUUCAGCGGUUAAAGCACUUGAGUUGGAAGCGGAUUUGCCUCCAUUCAUGAAAAAGAGUUGGGAUGUGACAAAUUCUUGAGUUCUGAUCAGAGUGUAGUAGUCUUUUUAAUUCACUUGGUUCCAUCUAGGUAAUUUCUUCCAUUGGAGAUUGUACUUAACAAUUUGAUGCGAUCAAAGGAUCAGCUGCACAUAAGUUGAGGUAUCUGUUAUAACAUAGCUCUCUUGGGAAUUCAAUUGGCAUUGCAUUUUUCCACAGGUUGAACUGAGAUUCAUAAAUUGUCAUUUCUUGAAUAAAAUUGUACUGUUUGUUUCGA